AUGUCUCAACCAAACUAUCCUCCUCCACCCAGUACAGCUCCGGCCCAUAUAACCUCAUUUGCACAAUCCCAGAACCAAGCAGCUGCGGCUCCCUCCUAUCAUUAUCCACCUCCGCCAGGGCAACCGCCUCAAACUGGAGCAUAUAUAUCAGCCACUCCACCGACAGAGAGCCCGCAGCCCCAUCGACACACUUCUUCGGUCGGGGGAUACGCAGGCCCUUCGGGUGGAGGAUACCCAGCGCCUUCGAGUGGAGGAUAUGCAGCGCCUUCGAGUGGAGGAUAUGCAACCCCUCCGAUUGGGGUAUAUGCAGCUCCCCCGAAAUCAGUGAGCCCGCCUCAGGAUCCAAUUACUCAACACAAUGAAUCUGCUUUCAAACAAAACAGUGUUAUUGGAAUGCAAAAAAUGCCCGGAGGAGCCCCAGACUAUGGAGAAUUCAGUGGAGCAUCGGGAACCAGCCGGGAUGAUACUGGGAUCUUCAAUGGUGGCAGUUACAGGAUCAGCCACCGAGAUACAAACUCUGUGUUGACAGUACAAUUGGCAGUGGGCUGUCCUUUGACUAUCAGACCUGGUGCAAUGAUUGGAAUGUCUCCAACGAUUACAUUGAGAGGAAGCGUCUCAUUCUCCCUCAAGAAAUUUGUCAUUGGGGGCAGCAUGACGAUGUCUCACUACACUGGUCCCGGUGAGCUCCUACUGGCACCUUCAAUGUUGGGAGAUAUCAUGGCCGUCAAUAUGGAGGAACCAGACAAAUGGAAAAUUGGACGUGACGCCUUCUUAGGACAUACCGCUGGUAUCGAGCAUAAGUAUCAGGCCCAAAGUUUAUCAAAGGGUGUCUUCUCUGGCGAGGGAUUUUUCAUCUACCACAUAACAGGAGCUGGAAUUCUUUGGAUCCAGAGUUUUGGUGCAAUUAUUCAGAAAGAUCUUGGAGACAAGGAGUCAUACUUCGUCGACAAUGGACACCUUGUGGCGUGGAACUGCAGCUACAAGAUGGAGCGUGUGGCAUCUGGUGGUAUCAUCUCCGGAAUUAGCUCUGGGGAGGGUCUUGCAUGCAGGUUUACGGGCCCUGGAACUGUCUUUUUACAGACCAGAAACCUGAAUGCCUUCGCUGCUCAAAUGAAGAUGAGUACUGCAAGUGCUUGA